AUGGUUUUUCUUUUUUCAGGAUAUCCUUUGGCGGUAAUACAUAGGACAUUUUUCUACAAUAAGUCUGCAAAUGUUCAGUACACGUUCUUCGUCGUAGUCGGAGUCCUUCUCUAUGUAUUCAAUAGUGGUUAUGACUGCAUCCACUGCUUUGUUGCAAUACUUAUGGCGUAUGCGAUCACAAAUUUUAUGGGCGGAACGGCGGAAUCAGUUAUUGCUGCCCAUGUUUGUUUUCUGGGUUAUUUACUUGUUGGCUACUGGUACGUGGAAUCAGAAGCCUAUGACAUUACAUGGACGACACCGUACUGCAUCAUGACGCUACGGUUUACCGGGCUAGUUAUGGAUGUUUACGACGGAGCGCAUUUUGAGAAACUCAAACCAGACCAGAAAAAGACCGCAAUCAUGAAACCGCCAAGCCUUUUGGAAACGGCUGCCUUUGGUCUUUUCUACACUGGGACUAUUGCCGGCCCUCAGUUUACGCUCUCAAAAUUCCGAGCUUAUGUGAAUGGAGAUUGGUUGGAUGAGAACGGUCAGCCAAGACAGUCAGCUCUGAUGCCGUCGCUGGGUCGUUUCAUCGCUGGUUGCACGUACAUGGUUCUGAAUCAGUGGGGAGCCGUGUGGAUACCAGACACCUUCUUCAACUCGGAAAAGUUCUUUAAUAUGCCAUUCUUCAUGCGAUGGACGUGGACAAUGAUAUGGUUCAGGCUCACCAUGUAUCGCUACUGUGCCAUUUGGCUCAUAAUUGCGCUGCCAUUCUCAAUGGUCUCGGGUAUAAUGGCAAAGAUAAAGAUGGGAAAUGAUCGGUGGGAUGCUGUUCGAGACGUUCACAUAUGGCUUUGGGAAAUGGGCCAUGACUUUUCUUCAGCUAUACAGUCGUUCAAUGUUGGUACAAACACGUUCGCCAAAAAUCACAUUUUCCGUCGACUUCGAUGGCUUAACAGCAAACCUGGCGCACAUCUCGUCACACUUCUCUACCUCGCUAUUUGGCAUGGAUAUCACCUCGGAUACUUCCUCUUAUUCUUCUUCGAAUUCGGAUGCGUGAUGGCUCAGGAACAGGUAGGACUGCAGGGACGAACCGCAUUUUUUUCUUUAAAAGUGCUCAAGAAUACUCGUUGA